GUUAUUUUUAGGCGGGUGGUUGUCGAUCGACUAUUCCAACCCUAUCAUCGGCCAAUCUUUCUAACCGCGCCCUACUUAUUUUCUUCACUAUCAUUGCCACCUUCUAGAUGCACACCGUCCAAGCAAUACUGGCCAACUACCGCAAGUCCCUGCAGGCACCAACCGGGAACGCGCCUACUCGACCUCCCUCUCGACCAUCUCGACCGAUGACUCCGUCGCUAGUCGUAACUCACUCAUGCCCCGUUCCAACGCAGACCAGAACGGGCUCUACCCCGAGGACUUCUAUCAAGGCCAGCCAACUGUGCCGAUUGUGGAGUCCUUCCGCAUGCCUAUUCAAGACCAGUAUCCUGCAGACUCCUUGAUUCUCUUUGGAGGUACCGCCGCCCAUUCGGAAGGGGGACUCUUCCGCAAGGAUUCAAAGGAAUAUCUGAUGCUCACGAAUUCCAGUCUGCUCAAGUACAAGACCAUGGAAAAGGCCUCCAAGGUCUUUGGAAACCAGUCAGUCUGGUCAUCGUCUUCGGGACAUCAGAUCUUGACACCUCAGCAAACCUCCCUGAUAUCAAAAGAACACCGCAUGCUGUCAUUGAACUCGAUCGUCGGCGUUCAUACAUAUAGCCCUCCAGGAGGAGACACGCAGAUCAUCAUUGAGCAUCUGGUCUCUAUCUCCUCUCAGCCGGUAACGAUGCACUUUACCCCAGCGGCCGAACAGGUCGGGCCCUGGCUGAAAGAGCUGCGCCAAGGAUGCAACUACCAUGCUGCACAGGCAGGAUUGAUUCUCAAGGGGACUCGACAGCGCCAAUGGGUCGUGGAGAAGAUGCAGGAUGAUUUUAUCGCUCUUCCUACCAGCGUUGCUGAGAAUGAUCCGACCGCAUUAGCUGCUGGGGGCAUGUGGCGAGCGUACUUCAAGAGCCAGAGAAUUAAGGGAGUGCCCGUGCAGGAAAACGCAACUUCAGAAACCAAGGUGGUGCUGGAGAACAAGGUGGUUGUCAUUGCAGUUGGAACAUCAUUCGUUCACUUCUUGCCCCACAAUCUUGGGAACGGCAGCUCUAAGGAUGAUAUGAAGGACGAGCGCGCCAUUCUUCAGUACCCGCUAUUGACUGUCCGAACAAUCCAGUACAAGGAAACGGAUGACACUUUUACGAUUAGUUUCGGCACUACCCUACGUCAAAGAACCGUUGUUAUGACCUUUGCCUCUGCAAGAGCCCGCGAAAUCAUUAUCGCCAUCCGCGCUAGAGUCGAAAGUCUCCGUUGGCUUUACCCCCUGUCAAGAAAGGGUGUCGAGCUAUCUCUGUCCGAAGACCUUGCAAGACCUAUCCCUGUACCAUCAAAGGAAUACAUGGUCGACCUUGGAUUUGAUGAAUUACUUCGAGCUGAGUGUUAUGCCAUUGGUGUCGACCGCAGGAACUUCAACAAUAUCAAGAUUGAUGGGUUUGUGAUCGCCGUAGGCAAGGUUGGCGAUACUCCGGAGACCAAGCGCGACUACUCUCCCGAGGAGAUGAAGUGUCUGCUCCGUGCCCUUCGGUUCAACACGACAUUCAAAGAGAUUAGCUUCCAUGGUAUUUCUUUUGGGACGCUCCACAAGUCAAAAACGUUGAAGGAUGGCACUCUCCGCUAUGGACUCCGUCUCGACCAAGAGUUUUACGAGUUAAUCAUGGGUAACCCUCAGAUUCGAGCACUCGAUUUGCACGGCUGUGAACUGGACACGAGCACAAUCGGUAGCAUCGGACGCGCCAUCAAGGACGCAUAUCCAUUAGGACUGCGCCUAGAGUCUCUGGAUCUCUUCGGCAAUAACGCCUCGGACGGUGCUGAUGUCAUGACCUUGGCCAAGGGCAUCGUCAAGCAUGCAGGUACACUCCACGCCUUGAACGUCGGCAACUGUCAGAUUACGGGCGAUGGCAUUAACCAAAUCAUGCACGCCUUUGUCGCCAACCCGGACGUCGCCUCGCACUUGUUGGAGACUUUCAGCAUUCAAGGCAACUCGGAGAGCAAGGUCAACUCCUUCAUUUUGGACAUGUUCUUGAAGCACUCGUUGCGUCUCGAGACACUGAACCUCUCAAACCUGACCUCGUGGAGUAAAUCACCUAUUCUCAUGGCCGAGUCCCUCGCCAACUGUGGUGGAUCUCUCAGGUGCCUCGAUUUGAGCGGCAUGGCCUUGCACCCAACGACUCUGGAUCAGAUUCUUACCUGGAUCUCGAGCCCUGGUUGCGAGUCUCUUGAGCAGCUGAAGGUCGAGGGCUGUGGACUGGACGGUAACCAAUUCGCCAACAUUCUCGAUGCUGUCGGCCAAGGAGGAAACGACAAGAUCGAGAUCAUGGCGGGUCGCAACUUGCUCUCGGAUGGCCAUGAUCUCCCUGAAAGCCUGGUCAGCAUUCUGGCAAGCGGCGAGACGGCUGCUUCCCUGGGACUACGUCAGACCUGUUGGAGUGAACAGGCAUUGCGACAGUUGUUUAUCAGUCUCAGUCAAAACUUUACGCUCAAGAGACUGGACCUGUAUGCGGUGUCCUUGGCAUCAAGCCGUGACCCCGAUGUGGAGACCUGCAAAUUGUUGGGUCAGAUGCUAUGCUCGCCCACAAGUCGAUUGGAGGAAUUGUAUAUCCAGGGCGAGGAGACUGCAGAGCUGACAUCGCGCAUGGGUAAGAACUUGUGGAGGUCUUUUGAGGGCCUCGGCAACAGCCGCUACUUGACCAAGCUGGACCUGCGCCGUAACCGAUUCAAGGACGAGGGCGCCAUGGCCCUGGCAGAAGCAUUGCGUGUUAAUCAGAGUUUAACUUGGCUGGACAUGGAUGAGAACGAUGUCACUACAGACGGGUUCAAUGCUAUCUUGUCCGCAUUCCAUCAGGGCGGCACUGAGCAGGUCCCCGCCAGCAGUAGAUACUACAACACCACAUUGGCCUACUUUGAGCCCCCGGUAAAGGACGCUGAGAAGCAUACACAGCUACUUAAGGACUCUAUGCUGGAGACAUACAAGACCGAGCAGGAGACGCGGUUUCUGCUCAGUAAUUCAACGGGUAAGGAUGCUCGCGAGUGGAAGGAACGUCUGGCGCAGAUCAUCCGGCAGCGCAACCAGAGUUCUGAAGCAAUUGCACGUCUGGACCGUGCUAUCCAGGGCAUCGCCUCGAUCGUUGACCGGAACAAAGCUGCAAUGGACGCAGUCAUCCGCGACCGGGAGCGCAGACGCGAGCGAGAACGAGAUCGCGAGUUACUGCAGCAGAGCCGUGAUCGCCGCUACUAAUAAUUUAUGGCAACUCGCAUAGACUACGCCACCAA